AUGGGGAUGAACGCACUCCGGGAGGCCAUGGGAUUCGAUGAUGCUCACCCAUUAUCCUUGAAACGACUUGAUUCAGCACCCGAGAACAGACUUCAUGUACAUUACGUCGCCUCGUCAAGCAACGAGGAUCAACUGACUUUAAGCUUGGUUCCUGCUUCGACGAAGAUUCUUCGAUCAGAACAUGCUUCAAUAUCCGCUGAAGCAAUGCUCCUGCAGUGGCUAUCUGUUGGUCAUGUUGGUCUCCUAGCCAAAGAAGGACAGAUUACCCAUGAAGCUUCUGGAGGCAGCAAUUCGGAGGCGAAAUGGUCCAAGCACGCCUCUCAAUUCAAGAAUGCGUUGCCGAGAGUCGUCAAACAAGGCCGAGUCAAGUGUCCGGGUGACGUUGAGUUCCUGUUAACAAAACGGGCACGUGGAGCUCUCCUUUCGUCUCUGGUCGACACUUUGUCUAAACCACAACAAAGAUGCAUUGAUUUUCAAAUUGGACAGCUGAUUGGUGAAUUGUCUGCCUAUCAAUCGCCAAACGGACACUUUGGGGUUGCUUCUGCUGUAUUGAAGGCUGCUGGUAUUCGCUACACCACGUCUACAAGCCCGCCGGUACUGGUACCAACUGAAAAAGUUGUGAACGAUUCUGUGCAUCCUCGGUGGUCCGACGCCUUUUUAUCACUGUUUGAGUCCGUAUUGAGAGAUGCUGAAGAUGUUGCGUUGUCUUUGGAAUACGACAGGCUUCGCUUUCAUGCCGGUCGUUUCAAGAAGAUCCUUGACGAGGUGACGGUGCCUUGCCUGGUGAUUCUCGAUGCUGGCGAAUACGUCAACGUCCACAUCGCCCCAUCUGGCGACUCUGCAACCCAAGAACUCAAAGACUUCAUGCAACGGCAUGGUCAGACACAUUUCGGGACGGAGAAACCUCAGCACGUAGCAGCAGCACUGCUAGAACCAUAUCGACCUGCAGAAAAACAAGCGGACGAUAAACCUGACCCUGUGCCAGCGGCGCCAACUACUACCUGUCACAGCCCGAAUGUACCAAGGGUUAUUGGUGUUCAGGACUGGCACAACAGCGUCUUCGGUGACCCAUUGUUCACAUCCGUGCUUACCAGAAGUAAAAAUACGAAUAUAUGGGAUGGUUUGAUGAAUCAAAAUGGUCAUGUUGAGUCCAAAGCAAUAAGAGAGGCAAUCGGCUUGGCAAAGGACUCCCAGCAUGUGGAUGUGCGGCGGCUGCUGUACGAUUGCUAUCAUUCAGCGACUACGAUAGUAAAGGAAUACUAUAGAGUGACGGUUGACGGCGAUGAUCGGGAGCUCCCGGCUCGACGAAGGCUGUUGCAAGCGAUUGUUAGGUUGGAUGACUUGGACGAUCAGGGUAGAAUGAUACAUCCAAAUCCAUGUUCAGCCCAUCCCAUCGAAAAGCGCAAAAAGUCGGACUGA